AUGCCGGCCGUGUCGAAGGGGGACGGGAUGCGGGGCCUGGCGGUGUUCAUCUCGGACAUCCGCAACUGCAAAAGUAAAGAAGCAGAAAUAAAGAGAAUAAAUAAAGAACUGGCAAAUAUUAGAUCAAAAUUUAAAGGGGACAAGGCUCUGGAUGGCUACAGCAAAAAGAAGUAUGUCUGCAAGCUGCUCUUUAUCUUCCUCCUGGGCCAUGACAUCGACUUUGGGCACAUGGAGGCUGUCAACCUGCUGAGCUCCAACAGAUACACCGAGAAGCAGAUUGGCUAUCUCUUCAUCUCUGUGCUGGUCAACUCCAACAGUGAGCUGAUCCGUUUGAUCAACAAUGCCAUCAAGAACGACCUGGCUAGCCGCAACCCCACCUUCAUGGGCCUGGCACUGCACUGCAUCGCCAAUGUGGGCAGCCGUGAAAUGGCUGAGGCGUUUGCUGGGGAGAUCCCCAAGAUCCUUGUGGCUGGGGACACAAUGGACAGCGUGAAGCAGAGUGCCGCCCUGUGUCUGCUGCGUUUGUACAGAACGUCCCCUGACCUUGUGCCCAUGGGUGACUGGACGUCCCGUGUGGUGCACCUCCUCAACGACCAGCACUUGGGCGUGGUGACCGCAGCCACGAGUCUCAUCACCACACUAGCGCAGAAGAACCCGGAAGAGUUCAAGACGUCUGUCUCCUUGGCGGUCUCCAGACUCAGCAGAAUUGUGACGUCCGCGUCCACGGACCUUCAGGACUAUACCUACUACUUCGUGCCAGCUCCGUGGCUGUCAGUGAAGCUCCUGCGGCUGCUGCAGUGCUACCCGCCCCCAGAGCCCUCAGUGAGGGGACGCCUGACUGAGUGCCUGGAGACCAUCCUCAACAAGGCCCAGGAGCCGCCCAAGUCAAAGAAGGUCCAGCACUCCAAUGCCAAGAACGCUGUACUCUUCGAGGCCAUCAGCCUCAUUAUUCACCAUGACAGUGAGCCCAACCUGCUUGUCCGCGCCUGCAACCAGCUGGGCCAGUUCUUGCAACACCGGGAGACCAACCUCCGGUACCUGGCGCUGGAGAGUAUGUGCACGCUGGCCAGCUCUGAGUUCUCCCAUGAGGCUGUCAAGACGCACAUCGACACCGUCAUCAACGCCCUCAAGACCGAGCGGGAUGUGAGUGUGCGCCAGCGGGCUGUGGACCUGCUCUACGCCAUGUGUGACCGCAGCAACGCCCCGCAGAUCGUGGCGGAGAUGCUAGGCUACUUGGAGACUGCUGACUACUCCAUCCGAGAGGAGAUUGUGCUCAAGGUGGCCAUCCUGGCGGAGAAGUAUGCCGUGGACUACACAUGGUAUGUGGACACAAUCCUGAACCUGAUCCGCAUCGCGGGUGACUACGUCAGUGAGGAGGUGUGGUACCGUGUCAUCCAGAUCGUCAUUAACAGGGACGACGUGCAGGGCUACGCCGCCAAGACCGUGUUUGAGGCUCUCCAGGCACCAGCUUGUCAUGAGAACCUGGUCAAAGUGGGCGGUUACAUCCUGGGGGAGUUUGGAAACUUGAUAGCUGGGGACCCAAGGUCCAGCCCUCUGAUCCAGUUCGGACUGCUCCAUUCCAAGUUCCAUCUGUGCAGUGUUCCCACCAGGGCGCUCCUCUUGUCGACCUACAUCAAGUUUGUGAACCUUUUCCCUGAGGUGAAGGUCACCAUCCAGGACGUGCUGCGCAGUGACAGCCAGCUCAAGAAUGCAGACGUCGAACUGCAGCAGCGGGCCGUGGAGUACCUGAGACUCAGCACUAUUGCCAGCACUGACAUCCUGGCCACUGUCCUGGAAGAGAUGCCUCCGUUCCCAGAGCGAGAGUCCUCCAUCUUGGCAAAGCUCAAGAAGAAGAAGGGCCCAAACACAGUGACGGACCUGGAGGAGACAAAGCGGGAACGCAGUGCCGACAUCAACGGGGGAGCCGAGCCCGUCCCUGCCAGCACCAGCGCUGCAUCUACACCUUCGCCAUCAGCUGACCUCCUGGGCCUUGGGGCCGCACCCCCCACUCCAGCAGGCCCCCCACCCCCCUCUGGUGGAGGCGGGCUCCUGGUGGACGUGUUCUCAGACUCGGCCUCUGCUGUUGCACCUCUUGCUCCCGGCUCUGAAGAUAACUUUGCCAGGUUCGUCUGUAAAAAUAAUGGAGUGCUCUUUGAGAACCAGCUGCUUCAAAUUGGGCUAAAAUCAGAAUUCCGGCAAAACCUGGGUCGGAUGUUUAUAUUUUAUGGGAACAAGACCUCCACGCAGUUCUUAAACUUUACUCCAACACUGAUCUGCUCUGACAGGCUGCAGUCCAAUCUGAACCUGCAGACCAAGCCAGUAGACCCAACUGUGGACGGAGGUGCACAGGUGCAGCAGGUGGUCAACAUUGAGUGCCUCUCCGACUUCUCCGAGGCGCCUGUCCUCAACAUUCAGUUCAGGUACGGGGGAACCUUUCAGAAUGUAUCAGUAAAGCUGCCUAUCACACUCAACAAGUUUUUCCAGCCCACAGAGAUGGUGUCUCAGGAUUUCUUCCAACGCUGGAAACAGCUGAGCAAUCCACAGCAGGAAGUGCAGAAUAUCUUCAAAGCCAAGCACCCAAUGGAUACAGAAAUCACCAAGGCCAAGAUCAUCGGCUUUGGUUCUGCACUCCUUGAGGAAGUCGACCCUAACCCUGCGAAUUACGUAGGCGCCGGCAUCAUCCACACCAAGACCACCCAGAUCGGGUGUUUGCUGCGCCUAGAGCCCAACAUGCAAGCCCAGAUGUACCGACUCACCAUGAGGACCAGCAAGGAUUCCGUGUCCCAGCGGCUGUGUGAGCUGCUAUCGGAACAGUUCUAG